AUGGCGGAAGAGACCCUCGAGGCUAACAUCGUUGCACUUGGAGCUGCCACGGCCGCCCUCGCUCGUGCCGGCGAAUGGCAGCGAGCUGCGUACCUCUUGGCAGGUUUCGACGAGGUCCACUUGGCUCCCAGUCUCGUGGUCUUCAGUUCCACGAUCAAAGCAUGCGAGAUGGCAGUAUGCUGGCAGCAGGCUCUUGGCCUCUUCAAAGAGCUCUGCCGCCGACGCCUGGAGGCUGACAGCAUCGCCUACAGCACGACCCUGCACAUCGUCACCGCCGGAGACUGGCCCCAUGCGCAGGCACUGCUGGCAGAGUGGCCUCCUGAGGCUGUCGGCUGCAGAGUCGCUCUUGGAGCGGGAGAGAGGAGCAGACUCUGGCCAGCUGCUUUGGCCCUGUCUGGCGAUGUCGCGGCUUUUCACACAGCGAGCCGUGCCUGCCGCGAUGGAAAGCAGUGGAGUGCCGCCUUGGGAGUCCUGGUUCGCAUCCCUGAGGUGGCCUUGCAGCCGACGGUGAUCAGCCUGAACUCCGCCCUGGCUGCGUACGAGCAGACAGCUCAGUGGCCACGCGCCUGCGAGCUGCUCCGAGGGUGCAGACCAAUCGUCGACCGCAUCUCUUACAACACUGUUCUGAGCUGCUUGGAGAAGGCACGGCAGUGGCUUUUGGCGCUCUCUUGCAUCGACAUCUUCGCAAUUCAGCGCCUCGCUGCGGACGCCGUCACCUGCAAUUCGGCUGCCAGUGCCUGCGAAAAGGCAGUGGAGUGGGAGUUUGCACACCAGCUGCUCCUUCAUGCUCGCCGUGGCUCCAUCGAGACAGAUGCCAUUGCCUUCAAUGCUCUCCUGAGUGCUGUGGAGAAGGCAGGCGAUCGGCAGGGAUCUAUUUCGUCUUCAUUCUUGGCUGUGCCGGGCUGGCAGUGGCGCUGCUCAACGUCUCUGCUGGCAGAUCUGCGACAUGAUGCCUUGCGCGGGAGCGCCGUCACAUAUGGAUCCAUUAUGCUCACGUGCGGAAGAAGCCUGCAGUGGCAGCAGGCACAAUCGUUGCUCCAACGCAUGCAACUGCAACCGGCAGAUGUGAUGACAUGCAAUGCUUUGAUGGGAACCUACCAGAAGUCUGCAGAGUGGCGCCAGACGUUGGCUUUCUUCACCUCCCUGCGAGAUGCUGACUGCAUGAUGGACGCAUGGAGCUUCUCCACCGCCAGUGCGGCAUGUGAGGCGGGUGGCUGCUUGGGCACCCAGCUCGACAUCCUGGAGGAAGCUGAGGAGAAGGAGCGUAGCCGCGACCGCGGAGACAAGGACAAGGACCGCAAGAAGGACAAAGAGAAGAAAGACAAAGACAAGAAGGAGAAGGAGCCAGAAAAGGAGAUCGAGAAGGAACCUCAACCGGAAGUGGCCGAGGUCCCCGAACAGAGGGAGCGCAGCCGCAGCCGCGAAUCACGUGACAGCACAGACAUGCCGAAGCGGCCGGCCGGCCACCAGGCAUCCCCAAGUCCAGAACGGCUUGCGGACAACAGCGAGAACGGGGCAAGGAUUGCGCCACCACAGGACGAGGAUGAGGUCCAUGACGGCAUCGCUUGCUCCGGGUGCCACGUGACUCCGAUCCGCGGCGAUCGCUUCAAAUGUCAAACUUGCGAGUCCUUCGACCUUUGCGAGAACUGCUACGAGCGGAAGGGGCAGAUCCACCCCGGUGGUCACCGCUUCUUCAAGAAGCGGUUUGUCCCUGGCGAGGCCAAGACUGUGGCGCCCAAAGCGGCCCCAGCAUCAGCUACGCCGGCAGCAGAGGUGCUGACUCCACCACAAAUGCCCAACAUGGUCCAGAUGCCCAACAUGGCGCAGAUGCCCAAUGCGGCGCAGAUGCCCAACAUGGCGCAAAUGCCCAACAUGGGCCAGAUGCCCAACAUGCAGCAGAUGCAGCAGAUGAUGCAACAAAUGAUGAUGGGAGGUAUGAUGCCGGGACUAAUGCCUGGGAUGCCAGGACUUCCUGGGAUGCCGGCCGUUUCGGAGCAGCAGACCACGCCAGCUGCAGCAAAGCUGAGAGCCUCACAGCCAGCUGUGGCCCAGGCAGCCGAACCGGAAGCGCUGCCGUCUGCGCCAGAGGAAACCAUGUUUGGGCAGGCUGCUCCAGUUGCGAAGGAGCAGGAGCCACCACCUUCAUUAAGCCAGCCAAAGAAAGAGGCGUUGGAGUGGCCUGCAUGGCUUCGCUUCGGGGCACCAUGUUCGGUUUGCGGCGAUGCCAGCACAGCUGAUGCCCAGCCCCACGGAGUGAUCUGCCGCCGACGGCGAAAGAACUCAGUUGGUGGCUGUGGAAAGGGUGUUUGUUGGGUUUGCAUGGAAAGGGAGCCACGGUCCAAGUUUGGUAUGGUUCGAACGACGAGAGAAGAGUUCGAGUCGUUGGAGGAGUCUGCCUGGUGGAUGCACGAAGCGUGUAUGGAGCCGUCGGACUUGCGCGCUUACUUCGGCGGUGAGAAGGAGCUCGCAGAGGCACGAGCGGCAGCAGAUGCUUCAGACACCGUCGUUCCAGACAAAGUCAAGACCAAGGAACCUGGCGUGGACCCUUUGGAGGCUGAGCAGGAGCGCAUCAAGAAAAUGCCAGUGAAGGAGCUGAAGGCAUACCUCGACAGGCACAAUACCUCUCAUGCCGACCUCUUCGAGAAGCCGGAUCUCCUUGCUCGCGCACUUGAGGUAGCAUUGAAGUCAGGGCCGGAACCACCACCUGGACCAGCAUGGAUGAAGUCGGGCGACAUUUGCCGCUUGUGUGGGAAGCCGCAGACGCAGGAUGAAGGUGGCAUCUUCUGCCGACGAAGACGGCAAGACGGCAGGAUCGCCGGCUGCGGAGAGGCCAUCUGCUGGCGGUGCAUGAAGCGAGCACCGAAAGAUGCAUUUGGCAAAGUGCGAUGCACAAAGGAAGAGUUUGCUGGCCUGGGCCAGGAUGCUUGGUGGAUGCACCAACAUUGCUUCGAGGAUGGAGACUGGCAGGAUUAUUUUGGCGAACCUGAACCAGAGGAGGAACGAUGGCGGCGAACAGGAGAAUCGAAUUGGUGA